GGUACAACAAGGUAACAAGGUUAUUCGAAAAGCAUGUAAAAGUGAAGAAAAUAAUUGAUUCGUGGAUUAUAUUAAAGAUUGACUUAUAGGUAAAGAUGCCUUCACUUCAAACAUUAGUUGGAAUAGCUGGUUUCGGAGGUAUUAUUAUUGGAUGUAGUGGUUAUGUUUUCGGGUAUAAAUAUCAAGAACGACUACGGAAGACAGUAACUUAUCAGAGAAUCUUAGAAAUUCUUCUUAACCACGAGAAGACUGUGAAACAUUUAGGAGAACCAAUAAAAGAAGGACGCAUAAAAUUUCUUCCAAAGAAUGGCAACAUUAGAAAGUUUACAGUUCCUCUGACAGGAUCAAAUACAAAAGGAAUAUUAGAUUGUGAAGUUGAGCUUACAGAAUCAGACUUGAAGCCAGAGAUAUCAAAGCUAGAAAUUAAGUUUGCCAAUAUUCCCAACAAAAUUUUUGUGGUUUAUAAUAAUCAGUAGACAAACUAAUGAAAUACAUUGUUGCAUUUUGUUUCUCUGUUAUAUUUCUGUGGUAUUGCUUAAAAGUGUACAAGAGUCUGCUAGUGUACAAGCUGCAGAGGAGAGAAAAUGUGGCAUAUCAGUAAUUCCCUUUGGAACCUUAAGACCUCUUCUUGUGUAACCAAAACCAGCUUGUAUAAUAUGUAUGGCAGCUU